GUAGCGGAAAUAUCCACGCAGUUCCGUAUUGCAACGACUGUGACUAAAUGGUUUAAUGAAUUACACUUAAGUUUUUUCUAUUAUUUUCACCUAGCCAGCAGCGCAAUACAUAGUGCAUUUCGAUGUUCAGACACGUAUUGUGGAUUAGCUAGGAGAUCGGACGACGUAGAAUAAUGAUGAUGCGCGAAAGCGGAAGUUCAUUUGAGCAGAAUCCGUUGUCAACUAAAUUACCAUUACCAUCUGAUUCCGUUGUCAGCAAUAUUAAUGGAGGCCAGAUAGAUGACGAUAAAAUUCAGAAUUCAUCCGACGAAGAAAUAAUUCUUUCUAAACGAGAAAUUUUAUGUUUCCGAGUAAGUUUCCUCAAUGUGUUGCUUAUGGGAGUCGGAUUUAUGCUCAACCUCGGUGCUCUAAACACAGCAUGGAUGGCGCAGGCUGUUGUGUUAUACAGCGUCAACGACGAAUACUUCGAGGCUUCCACAACCUUUGGCUAUACCUUAUGGGCAAUAUCCUCAGGUGUUGCAUGCGUUGCCGUCUUGGUAGCUCCAUCAAUCGUUGCUCUGGUCGGCCCAAAAGUAACGUUAAUAACAGGUGGAAUAUGUACAACGCUGUAUGUGGCGGCAUUUAUUAGGCCCUUGAAAAGCACAAUGUACAUGGCGGCGGUUUUCGUGACACUGGGAAGUACGUUAAUGUGGCAAGUGCAAGGACAUUUUAUUACCGUCAAUUCCACCAACAAGCGAGUCUCCAGAAAUACCGGAAUUUUUCUAGCACUAUAUCAGUCAAGUUUAGUCCUUAGUAAUCUUUUCUACUUCUUCAUGUUAAACGGAGACGAAGUUAUUUCCCCGGCGAAGCGUAUUCAGAUUUUUUCGAUCCUGACUGCAGCAGCAACAAUCGGAGUGAUCGUACUCACUCUGUUGGUGCAUCCGUGGUUAGAAAAAAUACCGCGUCCACCUGCGGAAGUAUCGGUUGAUAAACAGGAAGCUGUACAAGCGCAACCCAGUCACCGCACUCCUGGAGAAGCUUUCUACGCUAUGCUUCAAGCAAUGCGACGGAAAGACAUUAUGAUCCUCAUACCAGUAUUCUUUUACCUUGGUAUUGAGGGAAGCUUCUGGAGCAUCUAUGCUACCGCUCUCGGCUACACGGAGAGAUUUGGAUCUCUCCAGCAAGCUUUGGUUGGUUUGACGAGCGUUUUUGCCGGCGCUGGCGAAAUAAUCGCGGGGACACUUGUUGGACUAUUAGGAAAGUGGAUGCACUACAACGGAAAGGAUGGUAUAUUGGUUAUCGGAAUGCUAGUCCAUAUUGUGAUGGCUUAUAUGACUUUUCUCAAUACACCUAUGAUUGCCUCUACGACAGUGACGUCAGAUAAGGCUUUUGUCGGACCAAACGCGUACAUUGCCAUGUUGAUCUCAUUUAUGCUUGGAUUAGGAGAUGGAAUCUUUAAUGGCCAGAUCAUUGGAUACCUUGGCAGCGCUUACCGGCAUGAUUGCGUUUCUGUAUUUGCGGUUUGCAAUUUUUGGGCGGCUAUCGGAAGCACUGUUGCAUUUUUAUAUGCGGCGCUUUUACUACCAUAUCAAUUGCUGAUCCUCAUCCUGGUGGCCAUUGCUGGAACAACUGGAUUCUGCAUAGUUGAAUGGAAAAAUUUUAGAAAGCCCUUGCCCUUGGCAUAGCGCUCAGUGAUAUAUCUUUUUAUAGAUCUAAAAGCCAAUACGGUUUCCUAAUACUCGACAACUCUAAGCCACGGAUUUUAUAUUGUUUACUCGAAUGAUUUACAUUUUUGCGAAGAUGCUAUCAGUGCUGAGUAGCACGAUAUCUCGUGAAAUAUAGAUACUCUUUGUUAAAAGUGGAAGCGGUGAUGAUUUUUCUUGACCGAGGGGGCCAAACCGAAUCUGGAAUUUGUUGACUGUUAUCAAGGGCAAUGCUGUCGCUGGUUUAAUUUAACGAUUGUAUCGCUUGGAAGAAAAAAGUUUUUUUUAA